AGUCGGAAACCAUUACAAUGGAAAGGUUCUUAAGGUAUGCAAACAUAUUUUACCUGUCCAUAGGCAUGGAGGCCUACGAACAUCAGGGGCGUCGAAAGAUGAAGGAGCUCAUUCUCCGCUGUAUAUUUAUCGCACUCAUCUUGAACCUGAAUGCCGUGCUCCUUUCCGAAUUGAUUUAUGUAUUCCUGGCGAUUGGAAACGGCACAAACUUCCUGGAGGCCACGAUGAAUCUAUCUUUCAUUGGCUUCGUGAUCGUUGGGGAUCUCAAGGUGUGGCACAUCUGGCGGAAGAGGGAUCAACUCACCAAUGUCGUGCGGGAGAUGGAGAAGCUGCAUCCCAAGGAGGAGCAUCACCAGAAGGCCUACGACGUGGAAAGUCAUCUGAGUGGAUAUAGUCGCUACAGCAAGUUCUACUUCGGCAUGCACCUGGUGCUGAUCUGGACGUACAACCUCUACUGGGCCGUCUACUAUCUCGUCUGCGAUUUCUGGUUGGGCAUACGCCAUUUCGUGAGGAUGCUCCCCUACUUCUGCUGGGUUCCAUGGGACUGGAGCACCAACUCCAGCUACUAUCUGAUGUACGUGUCCCAGAAUAUGGCAGGACAGACGUGUCUUUCAGGACAACUGGCCGCCGAUCUGAUGAUGUGCGCUCUCGUCAAUCUGCUGGUGAUGCACUUCAUUCGCCUGGGCCGUGGCAUCGAGGAGCAUGUGGCUGGGUUACUCUCACCGCAACAGGAUCUGGAGUUCCUUCAGGCAGCUGUCGUCUACCAUCAGCGGCUCCUGCAGCUUUGCCACAACAUCAACGAGAUCUUUGGCGUUUCACUGCUCUGCAAUUUCGGGUCCUCUGCAUUUAUCAUCUGCUUUGUGGGCUUCCAGUUGACAAUUGGUGGAAGGAUCGAUAAUCUAGUGAUGCUUAUGCUCUUUCUGUUCUGUGCCUUGGUACAGGUCUUUAUGAUCACCACCUACGCACAGCGAUUGCUUGAUGCGAGCGAGCACAUAGGUGAAGCUGUCUACAAUCACGACUGGUUCCAGGCAGACCUUCGUUAUCGGAAAAUGCUGAUUUUUAUGGUAAGGCGAUCCCAACAGGCUAGUCGCCUAAAGGCCACGAUAUUUCUCAAAGUGUCGCUGGUCACAGUCGCAGAUCUCCUACAAUUAUCCUACAAAUUCUUUGCCCUUUUGCGGACAAUGUAUAUGAAGUAGUUCAGUCAGACCAAAGACAAUAUAAAUAGUGAGAA